AUGAAUUUCAUCUGGAUGUGGGGAGGAUCCGUGAAGGCAGAAGCAACGUUCUCUGCGGCAGAAGGAGCUCCAUCAGAGGAAGGUCAGAGGGCGCAGGCCCAGGAGCAUGUCCAAGAUGCCCUGUCAAGUGGCAGUGAAGAGAUGGAAGUGGAAACAGCCCCUCGACCUCUGGUCCAGUCUCCAUUUUCCUUUGAGGACGUGGUCAUGUAUUUCACUGUGGCGGAGUGGGCCCUGCUGGAUCUGAGCCAAAAAGCUCUCUACAGGGAAGUCAUGCAGGAGAUCUAUGGGAGCAUGGCUUUUCUGGCAGGGGAUAAUCAGAGGAAUGAGGAGGAUGAGGAACUGCAUCAUCUGUCGUCAGAUGAAGUCAUGAAUGAAGAUGUGAGAAGAAACGUUAGAAUUCAAUGCAGACAUAAGAGUCAAAAAGUCAGCUGCAGGGUGAAGAAGAGGGAUAGCUCAAUUCCUUGCCAAGGGGAGGAUUUCCAAGGAGUAGCUCUCAUAAUGGAGAAAACACACAGGUGCUUGGAGUGUGGAAUGAACUUCUCCAGCCAAACCCAGUAUAAUGUACAUUUUGGAAUGCACAGUGGAAAAAAGACCCAUCAGUGCCUGAAGUGUGGGCCGACCAUGAUUCGCAGAACAGAGUUCCUUAGACAUUUAAGAAAACAUACAGGAGAGAAACCUUAUAGCUGCUCUGACUGUGGCAGGAGCUUCUCAAAGAAAUCAGACCUUCUUCAACACCAAAGAAUUCAUGCAGGAAAGAAUAUAAUAAAGGAAUGUAAAUGUAUUCGGUGUGGAAAGAACUUCAGAUACAGAUCACAGCUUUUUGUGCACCAAAGGUACCACUCAGGGGAGAAAGCUUUUGAAUGCUCAGAGUGUGGAAAGAAAUUCAGUCAUACUUUCCUUCUUAAACAGCAUCAAAAAACCCACACAGCAGGGAAGCCUCUGGAAUACUCAGAGUGUGGGAAGAGAUUCCGUGACAGUAGCACUCUUCAACAGCCUCAAGGAACCCACACAGGGGAGAAGCCUUUUGAAUGCUUACAGUGUGGGAAGAGAUUCAGUCACAGUAGCAUUCUUCAAAUUCAUCUAAGAACCCACACAGGGGAGAAGCCUUUUGAAUGCUUACAGUGUGGGAAGAGAUUCAGUCACAGUAGCAUUCUUCAAAUUCAUCUAAGAACCCACACAGGGGAGAAGCCUUUUGAAUGCUUACAGUGUGGGAAGAGAUUCAGUCACAGUAGCAUUCUUCAAAUUCAUCUAAGAACCCACACAGGGGAGAAGCCUUUUGAAUGCUUACAGUGUGGGAAGAGAUUCAGUCACAGUAGCAUUCUUCAAAUUCAUCUAAGAACCCACACAGGGGAGAAGCCUUUUGAAUGCUUACAGUGUGGGAAGAGAUUCAGCAACAGUAGCAGCCUUCAAACUCAUCAAAGAACCCACACAGGGGAGAAGCCUUUUGAAUGCUUAGAGUGUGGAAAGAAAUUCAGUCACAAUAGCACUCUUCAAUAUCAUCUAAGAACCCACACAGGGGAGAAGCCUUUUGAGUGCUCAGUGUGUGGGAAGAGAUUCAUUCAGACUAGCACUCUUCAAGAACAUCUCAGAAACCACACAGGGGAAAAGCCUUUUGAGUGCUCCGAGUGUGGGAAGAGAUUCAGCAACAGUGGCCAUCUUCAAAGUCAUCUAAGAACCCACACAGGGGAGAAGCCUUUUGAAUGCUCAGAGUGUGGGAAGAGAUUCAUUUGGAGUAGCACUCUUCUAAAACAUCAAAGAACCCACACAGGGGAGAAGCCUUUUGAGUGCUCAAACUGUGGGAAGAGAUUCAGUCAGAAUAGCAAUCUUCAAAAACAUUUGAGAACCCACACAGGGGAGAAGCCAUUUGAGUGCUCAGAGUGUGGGAAGAGAUUCAGUCACAGUAGCACUCUUCAACAGCAUCUAAAAACUCACACAGGAGAGAAGCCUUUUGAGUGCUCAGAGUGUGGGAAGAGAUUCAGGCAGAAUAGCAAUCUUCAGCAGCAUCUAACAACCCACCCGGAGAAGAAAACUUUUGAAUGCUCUGAUUGUGGGAAGAGAUUCAUUUGGAUUAGCACUCUUCAAAAACAUCUAAGAACCCACACAGGGGAGAAGCCUUUUGAGUGCUCAGAGUGUGGGAAGAGAUUCAGUCAGAAUAGCCAUCUUCAAGAACAUCUGAGAACCCACACAGGGGAGAAGCCUUUUGAAUGCUCUGAGUGUGGUAAGAGAUUCAUUUGGAGUAGCACUCUUCAAAAACAUCUAAGAACCCACACAGGGGAGAAGCCUUUUGAGUGCUCACAGUGUGGAAAGAGAUUCAGUCAGAGUAGCAGUCUUCAAGAACAUCUGAGAACUCACACAGGGGAGAAGCCUUUUGAAUGCUCAGAGUGUAGGAAGAGAUUCAGUCACAGUGGCAAUCUUGAAACUCAUCUAAGAACCCACACAGGGGAGAAGCCUUUUGAGUGUUCAGAGUGUGGGAAGAAAUUCAGUCAGAAUAGUGGUCUUCAUAGACAUCUGAGAAUCCACAAGAGAAGCCACACAGGGGAGAAGCAUUUUGAGUGCUCAGAGAGUGGGAAGAGAUUCAUUCCGAGUAGCACUCUACAAGAAUAUCUGAAGAACCACACAGGAGACAAGCCUUUUGAAUGCUCUGAGUGUGGGAAGAGAUUCAGCCAGAAUCGACAUCUUCAAAAACAUGUCAGAACCCACACAGGACAGAAGCCUUCUGAAUACUCUUGAGUGUUGGUAGAGAUUCAGUCAGAAUAGCCAUCUUCAAGAACAUCUGUGAACCCACACAGGGUAUAAGCCUUUUGAAUGCUCAGAGUAUGGGAAGAGAUUCAUUUGCAGUAGCGCACUCAACAGCAUCUAAGAACCGACCUAGGGGAAAAACCUUUUGAAUGCUCAGAGCGUGGAAACUUAUUCAGUCACGGUAGCUCUCUUCAACAACAUCAAAGAAUUCACACAGGGGGAAGCCUUUUGAAUGCUCAGUGUGUAGAAAGAGAUUCAGUUUGAAUGGGACUCUUCAAAAGUGUCUUAAGAACCCACACAGGUGAGUAGCCUUUUGAAUGAUCCAAAUGUGGAAGAGAUUCAGGCCAUCUUCAACAGCACCAAAGAACUCACAAAAGGAAAAGCCAUGUAACUUCUUAGCCCAGGGAGGGAUGUCAAACUCAAUUGUUACAGGGAUAUGACAUAAAUUUCACUUUGUCUG